AUGGUCCUGGAGCUACACGUAUGGGGUCCAGCUUUUGGGCUCCCCUCAAUUGACGCCGAAUGUUUAGCUGCCGUAGCAUACAUGCGGUGGGCCAUUCCUGUCGAGCAAUGGAUCCUUAUUGCAGACUAUGAUGUGUCCAUCAGUCCACAAGAAUUUCCACUUCUCAUUGAUGGUCCCACACGCGCAGCUGGUUUCCGAGACAUCGUUGCCUACCUCAAGGGCCGCGCUGGGAGUGAUAGUGAUUUGGAUGGCCACCUCGCGGCCCAGCAGAAGACAGAUGAGAACGCUUUCAUUGCCUUCUUCGAGUCCACAGCCAGUCCAUUACUAGACCUUUAUCUCUACGUUUCUUCGGAGAACUACAACGCGACCACAUCGGCGGCCUAUACUGCAAUCCUUCCCUGGUACUUGAACUAUACCAUUCCUCCCACACGCCGGGACCUCGCGAGAUCCCGGACAGCGCAUCUUGGACUUAGUAGUCUGGAUGUAAACACAACGGAGCAGGAUGAUUCGAAACCCGCAUCUCUCGGUGGAGCAUCAAAGAUAGAAACUGCAAAACGGGAUGCGGGCAUACCUGGGCAAACGAACGCGCUGCGAAUUGGUCGUGGUACAGGAGUACAAGGACUCCUCGGCUCCCCAAUAUAUGCAGCGCGUAUCAGACUGGACACUCUUGCGAAUGAGCUUCUAGAACCGGUCUCAGACCUCCUGGGGUCGAAACAAUACUUGCUAGCCGGCGACAAACCCUCAAGCUUAGACAGUGUCGCCUUUGGCUAUCUGGCACUUAUGUUUUAUCCUUCAGUACCCCAAGCUUGGCUCAAGGAAGCUAUGCAGAGACAAUUUCCCCGGUUGGUUGCAUAUAUCGAGCGUAUUCGGUCGGACGUUGUUGGAAGACCAGCUGUCGAAGCGAAGGAGGUGUGGGCCAUUGCAACACACAGCGGAAACGGUCUUGGAAUACAAAGCAGGCUGUUGAAAUCAGGUUCAAAGUUGCCUUGGAGACCGAUUCCGCGUCGGCCUUUGUCGUCCACGCUUUCCACUGCAGCGCGGGAAAUCAUAACCAAUCUUCCCGUACUGUCCACGAUUCUACAGCGUAGAGUCACCGUCCAGGCAGCUGAUCACAAAACAUCAUGGGAAGUGUCUUCAUCUCUUCCUUCGCCCUUCGCUGUCGGAACGCGCGCCCCUACGGCGUCGCAAAUACAGAACCCUCCGCCUCCGCCGUCAUCGACAAAGGGCGGGCGAUUCUUCGGGAGGGGCAAUAUAGGGCAUACCUUUCGUCACAAAACAGCUGCCGCAUUCGGCCCUGAGCUCGCGAAGAAGCUAUCGCAACUUGUCAAGAUGGAAAAGAACGUUAUGCGCAGUUUGGAGCUGGUGAGCAGGGAAAGGAUGGAGGCCGCUCAACAACUCUCCAUCUGGGGAGAAGGUUGCGACGACGACGUAUCAGACGUUACAGACAAACUUGGGGUGCUCAUCUAUGAGAUUGGUGAGCUCGAAGAUCAGUUUGUGGACCGUUAUGACCAGUAUCGCGUUACGAUGAAGAGCAUUCGCAAUAUCGAGGCGUCCGUCCAACCCAGCCGUGACCGCAAGCAAAAGAUCACCGAUCAGAUUGCGCAGCUCAAGUACAAGGAGCCAAACUCGCCCAAGAUCGUUGUUCUGGAGCAGGAGCUUGUUCGCGCCGAAGCGGAAUCCCUCGUUGCCGAAGCGCAGUUGUCAAACAUUACCCGCGAGAAGCUCAAGGCUGCCUUCAACUACCAAUUCGAUGCGCUGCGAGAACACUGUGAGAAGUUGGCAAUCAUUGCCGGUUAUGGCAAACACCUCCUCGAGUUGAUUGACGACACUCCGGUCACUCCGGGUGAGACGAGGAACGCUUAUGAUGGCUACGAGGCCAGCAAGGCUAUCAUUCAGGACUGCGAGGAAGCACUUACCAACUGGGUCCAGCAAAACGCUGCGGUCUCCGCCAAGCUGUCCACGCGGGCACGUACUCUCUCCCAACGCCGCCGAAGCCGGGCUCGUGAGGCCGAAGGUGUUGAUCUCUCUGGGCAAGACCAACCAAUGGGGAACAGGGAAUCCGGCCUCUGGAUUCCGGCCUCGGAGCAUCAGGGUAACGGAUAUGGGGAGGAAGAAGAAGAAGUCACACACUCCGUCACAUCGGAGAAUCGAGGGCGCGAGGAGGAGAGGGCGGUUCUGGCUUGA